UCUAGAGGUAAUUGCAUGUUCUAAAGGUUUUGCGAAAUAGUGACUAUGUCAUACUUUGGUUAACAAAUCAAUAUAUACUUGGUUUUAAUUGAUUUACUCCAGGCGUUGUUGGUCGUCUUCAUGCAGCUCCAUCACCACAAGUGCAAGAUGAACAGAUAAAAUGUGAUCAUGUGAAGGAACCAACAUACCCUGACAUUAUACGGACGGAGGAGGAAUACUCGCAUAGAUCGACUGGUAACGACGUCAGUGUUGCGACAAGUAGCACUAUAUACUAGCCAUCUCAUAACUACUCGCCCAAUUUGAAACAGACACAUCCGAUCGUAUCAAACCAAGAGGUCUCUGUAAAUCACCCAAGCUAAGAAUGGGCACCCGUCCUUUGAGACAGUCAUCAGCAGAUGUUGACUUCUUUGAUAUUGAUUCUAAGAUUUACAAUGCCAUGAUGUGCCAACGUUUGUCCACGAGACCAAAAAUAAAGCUCGGGAUCGGUGAAGUGAGGCCUGGAGCACAUGAGCCCCCAUGCAUAAAAGAAACGCCUCUCAUUACAACAGCCCAAUCCAAGCACGUAGACGAAGGACUUAAUAGUAAUACUCAGAAACAGUUCAAAAAGAGGUCGCUUGAGAAACGGAUAACAAAGUCAUUGACGCCCAAAAAGUUCAUUGCUUUUAGACGAACCCGUAUAUCACCUAACAAAUAGAUAUUCACUGUUUUCUUGAGAUAAUUUUGAUAUACCUCUUGUUGUUUAAAUGAUUAUUUAUUGAUGCUGUACCUUGGUUUGAAUGUAUGUUAUAUUAAAUUAUUAAAAAUGAAUAAAUUGUGAUAACAUGCUGCAAAUGCAUGUCUUUUAUUUA